UGCGCGGCCGUGGUGUGUGUGCGUGCACCUAGAGCAGAUCAUUGGCGAGGGUUUCCAGAAGGUGGAAAAUGUCACCUGAUUCACACUGAACUUUUUAAAUCUCCCCACCCCCGAGCAGACACACACACACAUUAGGAGACCGCCCACCGCAGACAGCUAAGACCCCCGUAUAGAUUUAAAGAGAGACUGCAUUCAGAGCCUGACGUUCAUUCAAUAGAGCGAUCAUAAGCAGGCUGGCUGGUGCUCGCUCCCUCUCCCUACUCCCCCUCACGCCGUUUCUGUGUCUCUCUCACUCCCUGCUACACUGAGGAUGUUAAAUCAGAGAAUCCACCCGGGCAUGCUCUUACUCCUGAUGUUUCUCUGCCACUUCAUGGAAGAUCACACAGUGCAGGGGCGUUGUUUGUUCAAUGAUUUUUUUAGCGGAGGGGGGGGGUUGGAUAUCUUGCCCCGCGCCCAGCGACAUCUCGGCUGGCCGAUCCUGACCCCUCGCUGCGGUACAUUCCCAUUGGAUGGUGCCUCUUUCCUUCCAUCAGAAACGUGUGAGAACGUGGACUGUGGACCCGGGAAGAAAUGUAAAAUGAACAAGAAGAACAAACCUCGGUGUGUUUGUGCUCCGGAUUGCUCUAAUAUCACUUGGAAGGGCCCCGUGUGUGGCUUAGAUGGGAAAACCUACAGGAACGAGUGUGCCCUUCUCAAAGCCAGAUGUAAAGAACAGCCUGAACUUGAAGUCCAGUAUCAGGGCAAAUGCAAAAAGACCUGCAGGGAUGUCUUAUGCCCAGGCAGCUCCACAUGUGUGGUUGACCAAACUAAUAAUGCCUACUGCGUGACAUGCAAUCGAAUUUGCCCAGAGCCUACCUCCCCUGAACAGUAUCUCUGCGGGAACGACGGCAUAACUUACGCCAGUGCCUGCCACCUGAGGAAAGCUACCUGCCUGCUGGGCAGAUCCAUUGGAUUAGCCUACGAAGGAAAAUGCAUCAAAGCCAAAUCCUGUGAAGACAUUCAGUGCAGCGCUGGGAAGAAGUGCCUGUGGGAUUUUAAGGUUGGCAGAGGCCGGUGCGCUCUCUGCGAUGAGCUGUGCCCCGAAAGCAAGUCAGACGAGGCAGUCUGCGCCAGCGACAACACAACUUACCCAAGCGAGUGUGCCAUGAAAGAGGCAGCCUGCUCCAUGGGCGUGCUUCUAGAAGUAAAGCACUCCGGAUCUUGCAACUCUGAAAAUCUUGAAACCUGCCUUGCACGAAAGCCUGCCUGUGAUGUACAGCUGAGACGUCUUCUGAGAGGCUUCAUGAGGCGUGUACAUGGAGAACUUCCUGGGAAGUGGAAAUGUGAACUUAAUUCCUUCAGUCUAAGGAAGGAGCCGAAUCCAUUAUUUCUACCUCUGGUCUAUUUUUUUGGGGUUUUUUUGGUGGUUUUGGUUUGGUUUGGUUUUGCUUCCUCUCUUAAUGCACAGGUUAUCCUGGAUGCUGUUUAAAUGAAGAAACAGAGAUGUCUGGAUAUCUAAGUAGAAGAAGGUGAUUUCCAGCUCUGAAACGAUCUUGUACAAGCUCCUAAAACCACGAGAUGAAUUUUCAGAAAUAUUUUUCUCUUCAGUUUUCUAUUGUCUGGCAUACAUAUUUCCCUUGCUGUAAAUCGCAUUUCUGAAA